AUGUCUCUCUAUCACUCUCUUUGCUUCCUCUUGAUCCUAUCUCUCUGCCAUGGCUCUCAGAGCCUCACACCACGUCGAACUCCUCAUCUCGAUGGGCUUCUCCUAAAUGGCAACUUUGAGCAAACCCCUCUCAGAUCGAACAUGAAGGGUCGGCAAAUAAUCGGCACAAACUCUCUCCCUCACUGGCAAAUCUCUGGCCACGUGGAGCUAGUCUCCGGUGGGCCUCAGCCCGGUGGAUUCUAUUUCCCGGUCCCACGUGGGAUCCACGCCAUUAGACUAGGAAGCUUAGCCUCAAUCUCUCAAGACUUGAUGGUGAAGCGCGGCUUGGUCUACUCUAUAACGUUUGGAGCCACGAGGACUUGUGCUCAGGACGAGAACAUCAAAGUCUCUGUGCCCGGUCAGGCCAACGAACUCCCCCUCCAGACCGUCUUUAGCUCAGACGGUGGAGACACUUACGCUUGGGCUUUCAAAGCCACGUCAGAUUUGGUCAAGGUCACUUUUCAUAACCCUGGGGUGCAAGAGGAUCGUACGUGUGGACCCCUCAUAGAUGUUGUCGCUAUCAAAGAAAUUCUUCCUCCUCUCCGGUAUAGCGGAGGAAACUUGGUGAAAAACGGAGGGUUUGAGAUUGGACCACACGUAUUCGCUAACUACUCAACCGGAAUCUUGAUUCCGGCAAGGAUACAAGACUUUAUCUCUCCGCUUCCCGGAUGGAUCAUCGAAUCCCUCAAACCAGUGAAGUACAUCGAUAAACGUCAUUUCAAGGUUCCGUCUGGACUCGCCGCCGUCGAGCUUGUUGCCGGAAGAGAAAGCGCCAUGGCUCAGAUUAUCCGUACCGUCGAAGGGAAGCCAUACAUUCUCUCGUUCAUGGUGGGAGACGCACAAAACGGCUGCCAUGGAUCGAUGAUGGUGGAGGCGUUCGCAGGGAAAGAAGCGUUUAAGCUUCCUUUCGUCUCGGAAGGCAAAGGAGAGUUUAAGACUGGACGUUUCAGGUUUGUUGCGGAUUCCAAUCGAACCAGGAUUACGUUCUACAGUGCGUUUUAUCAUACUAAACUUCAUGAUUUCGGCCAUCUUUGUGGACCUGUUCUUGAUAGUGUUAUUGUAAUCCCGACCCAUUAA